UUGUAGUCUACUGGUGGGAAAGAGUCUUGGCGCCUUCUUUUCUCGUCGCUUCCCAGAGACUGUUAAAGAAAGAACCACUUCUUCCUGCCUCCCAGGCUGCCCAGCGGCGCCGGUUGCCGGGGAACGCUAGCGCCUUGGGAAGGGAUGGCGGGAGGCUACAGCUUAAGUGCUGGAGCCGUAGUUGAGUUGGUGAAAAGCUCGGGAUCGUCAUGAAGCAACGGAAAGCUCAGGGGCCUGGGGGAGGCCGUAGCCGCAAGAAGAGAGGUUUAAGUGAUAUUUCUCCAUCUACAAGCUUGCCGCCCUUGGUUGAAGGCCAGCUACGCUGCUUUCUGAAACUUUCUGUUAAUAAAGUCAUAUGGAAGAUUGCAAAGCCUCCUGCUUGUGUACUUGUCCGGGUGAGAUGGUGGGGAGAAACAUCAGAAGGAACCCUCUUUUGUCCCAGAGAUGCAUUGCAGACUGAACCAAAAGCUGUGAGAACAACUACACGUUAUGCUAUUCGCUGUGGUCCAAAGCAGUUUACCUCUUAUCUAACAGAUAUGGCUGUGCUGGUGCUGGAAGUAAUCACCAAACUUGAACAUCUUCCAGUUGGUAGAGUUCAGAUCAGUGGACUAGCCCAGCUUUCUCCAACCCAUCACAUCGAUGGAUUUUUUACCAUUGUUUCACCAACAUCUAAGAAACUUGGAGAACUCCAGGUCUCACUUGUUCUGGAGCCUUUGUCAGAAACUUAUGACAGCUACAAUCCUCUUCCUACCACUAACAUGAUAGAAAAUGUGCUUUUAUCUGAGCAGGGAUUCAGAGAAUAUUCUGAAGCAAGCAAUACUCAAUUUCUAGUUCCAUCAAGGCUUCAUAGGAUCCCUACUACCAAAAUUGAUGGAAAAGAUUUAGCAGCUAAUAGCAGUAGGUCAACCCCGCCAAGGGGGAAAGAUCACUUGUACUUUGCAGAGAACUCAGAUACAAUAAAAGACUCUUUUGGUGGACUCCAGCACCAUCUUAAUUCAGGACAGAGUUUAGAGUCUGUGACUCUGAAAGGCCAAGCCCCACGGAAGCAGAUGUCCCUUCUCAACAGUUCUGAAUUCCAGCCUCAAAUUAGCACAGUUGCCAAGAGUCACAGUGACUCAUGCAUUCUUUCUUCAAACAACCCCCCUACCAAGGACCUUCUUUCAGCUCUGUUAGAACAAGGCAAUAAACUGCGUAAUGCCAUGGUGAUUUCUGCAAUGAAAUCAAGUCCAGAUACUAGCAUGUUGUUGGAAGAAGUUCAUCCUUCUAUGAAGGAAGAUUUUCUUAGAGCAUCAUCAGAAAUCAAAGCCUUAUCUAGGAAUCUAGUUAAAGACCACAUUGAAGAUCACCUCCUCCCUCCAACUGAGAAUACACUUUGGAAACAUGACUCAAAGGCUGAUACUGGAGCCAUACAGCUGCUGUUGGGCAGUGCUGAAUUGUCCCAAGGUCGCUAUUGGGAUGGCCUAGGCUCUCCUCCAGAUUCCCCAUCUCCUGGCAGUGAUGUGUAUUGCAGCAGUGAGCCCAGUGACCCUCAGUAUGACCAGAGUCUCCUGGAGAACUUAUUUUAUACGGCACCUAAAUCUGAUACCAGCGUCAGUGAUAUCUUCAGUGAAGAUGAUGAUGUCCCUUCUAAAACAAUGAGCCAGUCAAAAGCUCUUGCCAGAUCUCCUAAGGUUCUAGAGUCAAAUGAUCAUAAGUCGAAGAAGGAGAUGGGUAAGAAAAAUAGAAAUCUUGUUGAACAGCAGAUGCUAUCAGAAACUCCAGAAGAUGCCCAAGUGAUGACACUAAGUGUGGAUAAACUGGCCCUUCUGGGUAGAACACAUUCAGUCAGAAUCAUCAUCGAAACAAUGGGAGUUCCUCCAGAUAGUCCUCAGGAUACCUCUGGCAAAAAAACUUUUCCUGGGAGACCACCUAAGCUGACGUCAAAAAAGCGCACCUUCUUUGUGGAAUAUCACUUUCCUGUGGGUUUUUCCAAAAAUGGAUUGACAAAGACCACUUUGAUUACUGAGGUGGUUCGACUUGCAUCCAGUAAAAUUAUAGAUGGAGUGGUGAAAUUCCAGCAAAGAUCUGUGUUUCCAGUACAGUUUGGUGGCCCAAUGAUCAAACACUGGUGGAAUUCCAAUCUUACUUUCCAAAUUUACACAAAGAAAACCCCACAGAAAAAGCCGGAAGUCAUUGGUUCCGCAUCACUUCCUUUACGAGCUGUCAUGCUGUCUGAGCUGCUUUGUUUCAGUGACCAGCUUCCAGUACAACAGGAGAAAGGUCAGACUCCUCUUGGCCCCAUCAGGGUAACUGUGGAGCUUGUUUUAGAUAACAAGGAUUUCACUGGUGUCAAUACAAAGUUGAGUAGCAACACCCAACAUACCCCACUUAGUGCUCUUACAAAUCCAGAUAAGACACUGCCAGAAACUAUUCAAGAUGUUACUUGUACCAAAAACCCACAGAUCCUAAAUCAAAGUCAUGAAGAAACUGUAAAGAAAAUGCAAAAUUUGAUGCCCCCCACCCCAAAGUCACCUAGCCCUUACAUACCAAGUUACUCAACCUUCAUGGCAGCACCAGCCUCUCCUGAUUUGGUAAAUGAGAUGAAUGGGUCAACAGAAGAGAGUGCUUUGCUAUUGCAUGUGCUAUUGAUGGUGCCAGAUGGAAAAGAUUUCAUUACUGGAGAAUCUGAGAAACAACCAUCAAGUAAUGUUUAUUUAAAUUGCAAACUCUUCAGCACAGAAGAAGUCACCAGAUCUGUCAUUGCAUGGGGCACAACAAAACCAGUCUUUAACUUUUCUCAGGUGAUUCCUGUCUCUCUGUCUUCCAAAUGUCUGGAAAGGCUUAAGAACAAUGUGAUGAUAAUUGAAACUUGGAACAAGGUGCGGAGCCCAGGACAGGACAAGCUUCUCGGGCUGGUGAAACUCCCCCUCCAUCAGUUUUACAUGUCAUUCAAAGAUCCCAAGGUUUCUCGCCUGCUGCUUGAUGCUCGGUAUCCAGUUGUUGCUGUCGACAGCUACAUGCCUGUGAUUGACGUGUUCUCAGGCCACCAAAAUGGGAGUCUUCGAGUCUUUUUAGCUAUGGGCUCUUCAGAUCAGAUAAUAGCACUACAAAGAUUAAAGAAUGAAGAAGGAACAGUUACUCCCUUCAACCCCAGGCCAGCCCAUUUCCUGGACCAGCCGUCUGUAGCAUCUGUUGCUAUGGCAGGGGACCAUGGAAAUGGAUUGAUGGAGCACCACUUUGAACUCCUUGUAGACAAGGUUAAAGGGCUCACCCCUCUUCAGGCCACAGUCUGGGGAGAAGCAGAUUGUUAUGUCCAGUACUACUUUCCAGUUCAAGACUCACAGUCCAAUGUGCUGAAAGGACCUGAGUUCCUUGAAAAUGGAAUCACCCUGAGGCCUUUCAGAUCUGCAACCACACUCUGUGUUCCAGACCCUGUCUUUAACAGUGAACACCGUCACUCUCUCCUGUUGCCAGCUGAAGUUCCAGUGCAAAGGCUCCUGCUCAGUGCCUUCUCUGCACAUGGGCUUGUCCCUGGAGGUGGAGUCCAGUUUGAAAUCUGGUGCAGAUACUAUUAUCCUAAUGUGAGAGACCAGAUGGUUGCCAAAGGAACCUUGCCAUUAUCGAGGAUCUGUGCCUUAGUAACCAUGCAGCACCGUGAGGAUGGGGGCAUACAGACCUUUAAUCUCCCUUUAACCCCCAGGUUUGAGAAUAGGAAAGAACUGAGGAACCAAUCAUCAGGUUUACUGGAUGUGGGCCUAAGGUACAGGCGUACUCCAAGGACAGCAGAGGGAGUUCUUGCUGCCCGAACUGUCUCCAUCUCAGUCCAGAUAAUCAGAGCCUGUGGUUUGCAAGCAGCAGCCAAGGCUUUGGCUGAGCAGGAACCUGCUCUGCAGUUUAGUGCCACAGUCGGGGUCAAUGCCUUUGUCACCACUCACCUGUCCUUCCUGCCCAAGGGAGAACAGCGCCAAACCCGGCCUGUGGCCUGUUCCUUCUGCCCCGAGUUCUCCCAUCACAGUGAGUUCUCAUGUAACUUGGUGACCCAGCACUGCAGUGGAGAAGCCUGUUUCCUGGCAGAGCUGUUAGAGUUUGCAGAAGUUACUUUUGCUGUUUAUCAUGAAGAUACCAGAUCAGCCAGUGAUAUAACCAGUAUCCAUUCAUUCAAAGAUUAUCUGCUUGGAGUAGUAAAGAUUCCAACAAAAGAUCUGCUGAUCAAGAGAUCUGGGAUCACAGGAUGGUAUCCUAUCGUUUUCCCAGAAGAGGGGGUCCUGCCUCAUGGCUUGGAACUCAUGCAGAAGAUUGUGGGUGGUCUGGAGCUUUCAGUUUCCUUCACCCAUCCUGGAGACAGAGAGCGGGUAUUAGAAGCUGCUGAGCUAUUGGGCUGGAGCUUUGAGAAUAAUCUGAAGGAUUCUGUCAAGAUGGAUGAAGAGGAGCCAGCCACUGUCACCAUCUCCACCCCAAGGCUCUGGCUGCCCAUCCAUUGCGUGCUGCUUGCCGGCCACAACCACAUUCAUAAGAAUACAUAUUGCUACCUCCGCUACAAGCUGUAUGAUCAGGAAGGCUUUUGGACCCCUCUCAAGAAGCCUAAGGAAUCUACAAACAAAAAGCAGGUCAUGGUUACCUUCAAGGCAUCCAAAAGAGCAGAAGUCACUCGGAACCCAUCACUGCUUUGGUACUUCAGAGAGGAGAGGUUAGAGAUCCAAGUGUGGCGGGCUUACGGCAAUGAGAGUGUGGAGAGGCCCCACCAGACAGACAGCUGGAUUGGCUCAGCCUAUGUGGACUUGACCAGACUUGGGGAGAGGUCAGCAAGGACGCUCACUGUCAGUGGUGUUUAUCCCCUAUUUGGACGAAACGCUUCCAACCUCUCGGGAGCUGCCUUGAGAGUUCAUGCAGUUCUUUCCUCUCUUUCUUCACACCCUGGGCCCACUCAUGAGCUGGACUCCAUGGACUGCAGCAGCCACAGUGAGUCUGAGCAGGUCCCCAGAGGAAUUGAUGAGAUCCAGCUCUCUCCACCACAUGGCCACCAGAAGUCUCCAGCCUCCACCCAGGUCCCCUGCAACACCACCACUGCUGAAGUCUGCCCAGCCCAGGAGGGCCCUCCUGAGUCAGAUGGAACUUUCACAGUCAGCAUUCUGGUAGAGAGAGCAAUGCACUUAAGCUUGAAAGGGAGCCCCUUGACACAGCGGAAAGUAUCAAUACCCAGUUGUUGUGUAUCCUUUGUAACAGCUGAUGAGCCAUCUCCUAUCUACACCCAAGUGGUGGAAAACACAGAUUCCCCCAUCUGGAAUUUUCAACAGCAGUCAAGGCUUUCGAAAGAGCUUCUUUUGGACCCACAACAAACUCUGGUCUUCAAAGUUUGGCAUAAAGGAGAUGAGGAGAGGGUGAUUGGCUUUGCCUCUGUGGACCUCUCCCCGCUUCUCUCUGGCUUCCAGUUUGUCUGUGGCUGGUACAACAUCACAGACUUCAGUGGAGAGUGCCAAGGGCAGAUAAAAGUUGCUAUCUCCCCUUUGGAGAGUUUGAUUCAUUUCAAAGAAGAAAGGCAAGCAAGACGUGUGGUGGGGAACCCAGGAGCACUGACCCCGGUAUGCAGUACCUUCUCCUUCCCUGCCUCUGCUGUGUAUGCUGCAUUCCCUGGCUGCACUGCGGGACAGACCCCAGAACUGCCUGCUCACCCCUCAUCAAAGGACGUUGAUUUCUCCUCUCCUGGGAGAAGUGGUACCACAAGAAGCCAGGCAUCACGCCAUGAAGAGCAUGUGCAGAACAUCCGCCGAUUCCAUGAAUCCCUGCAGCAGGCAGAGGCAGUCUUGCCAAAUGACGACAGACUGACCACAUCACUCUUGUCCUCCCGUACCUCCAUUCUGACUUCUCUCAGGAGGAAUCUGAGUGAGCUAGAUCAGAUGCAGCGGUACUUCAGCCAGAAGCUCACCAAGCCUUUACUCCCCCUCAGCCCUCAGACCCACACUGCCAUCUUGCAGUGCCAGGAGAGUCAGACAGACCGUCUUCGGCCAGCAGCCUGCAGCCUAGACCCCGAGAGCCAGUGCAUCCUGGAGAAAUCCAAUAACCUGGUGUUGCAAGUCAGCUCCUUAAUCACAGAUCUGCAGACUCUCACCAGGAAUUCUCCAGGAUCUGUGAGUUCUCACCAAGCCAGAAGUAGAAGCAGAGAAGUCCCCACCCUCCCAGACGCUCAGGACAGAGGAACCAUGCAAGAACGGAGCACAAGUCCAGACCUGCCAUUGGCAAGAGCUCCAGAUGAGAACAGGAACUCCCCACCUCCCUCUGCUCUUAAGGAGACUUCAAGUGGAAGAGGAAAGCUUCCUGAGGCCCUGGAGCACACGGAACCCAUCACAAAAGUGCAGAGCACUGAGGACACUGAGGCAGGCCCGGCCUUCAGUGAUGAGGACUAUGAGGAAGAUGUCAUUGAGCCCAGGACCCUCAAUGAGAUCACCACUGUGACAGACAAAACUAGCCCGUGGUCCAGUUUCAUGUCAGAUGCAAGUGACGGCAUGAGCCCUCAGCCUGAUGAGGUCCACAGGGAAGGCUUCUCUUGUCCUUCAGAGUCUUUCCCCAGAGAGGAGCUCAGGGUCAGAAGUAGCUUUCUGUCCAGCCCAGAAAGGACUGUCAGUGCCUACUUGCAUAGGCAAGGUUCUCCAAGCCAAAGUACUUUGUCUUGUGAGGGUGUGGCCUCUAAGGCCAGGGUUGGAGAGCCUGCCUCAGCAGACCCACAGCUCACCUCCCACAUGAGACUCUCAGGAGCCCCACAGAGUGACACUUGUGUUGGAUGGCGCUCACCAAAGGCAGACCAGGACCAGGGCCCCAAGCCACAGUCCCAGGCUAAGAAGGAAGUGGCCUAUGAUGAGCUAAGUGAUUCUGCUGAUAGCUCCGAGAAAUUCCCUCUGCAGCCAGCAUCUGAAAGCAGAAGGGAAAACCAUAAGGAGCCACCCAUCACUUGCCCUGACAUCAGGCAGAAGCAGACAACCUCUGGGUCAGAGGUGUCCACGAGGCAGAGCCUCCUCCUCCCAGAGCCCAUUGUGGUCCCCAACUUCUUUCUACCUCCCCAGCAGUUGGAGGCCUCCCUGCGGAUGCUCUCUGUCUCCGCAGCUCUGCCACCGCCAGCCACAACAGAUCAGAGUUUUUGAGAUCCAUCCAGUCCAUCCUAAAGGAAAUCAUUCCUGAAUAUUCAUUGGAAGGACUGAUGCUGAAGCUGAAACUCCAACACUUUGGCCACCUGAUGCAAAGAACUGACUCAUUUGAAAAGACCAUGAUGCUGGGAAAGAUUGAAGGCGGGAGGAGAAGGGGAUGACAGAGGAUGAGAUGGUUGGAUGGUAUCACUGACUCGAUGGACAUGAGUUUGAGUAAACUCCAGGAGUUGGUGAUGGACAGGGAGGUCUGGUGUGCUGCAAUCCAUGGGGUCGCAAAGAGUCGGACUAAGCGACUGAACUGAACUGAUGAUGGACAUUCUGACCAGUGUGAGAUGAUACCUCAUUGUGGUUUUGAUUUGCAUUUCUCUGGUAAUUAGCAGUGUUGAGCAUCUUUUCACGUACUUUGGCCUUCUAUAUGUAUUCUCUGGAGAAAUGUCUGUUUAGAUCCUCUGCAUUUUUUGAUUGAGGUCUUUGUAUGUUUUGGAGAUUAAUCCCUUGUCAGUUGCUUCAUUUGCAAAUAUUUUCUCCCAUUCUGUGGGUUGUCUUUUCAUAUUGUUUAUGGGUUCCUUUGAUGUGCAAAAGCUUUUAGGUUUAAUUAGGUCUCAUUUGUUUAUAUUUUAUUUUCAUUACUCUAGGAGGUGGAUAGUAGAGCUUUGAAAAAGCCAUUUUAGAGAAUAAUACAUGCUGUGAGCAAAAUGUAUUAGCUUAUUUAUUAAUUUUAAUAGCUAACUCCUAUUUAAUGCUUACUAUGUACUAGACAUUAUUCUAAGCACUUUACAUGUAUAAACCGAUUUAAUUCUCCCAAGAACCCAACAGGAGAGGUACUAUUGUUAUCCCCACUUAAUAGAUGAGAAAACUAAGACUAAUACAGAACUUCCCAUACAGACCUACAAGGUAUUGUAGUUUUUAUUCUAUAGAAACUGAGACACAUAUAAAGUUAAGUAUGUUCUCACCUGCCCAGGGUCUUCUAGCCAGUAAAGAAAAAUGUAUGACUCCAAACUGUGCUUUCCAUUGCACCAUUUUAAAAUCAUGACAUUCGGCUUACAGUAUAGUUUUCUAGCUAAUUUACCUUCUUUCUGUAGGUCUCCUUUUGCAGUUAACAUUUGAACAUUUUUUGUGCUCUUCCAGAGCCUACUUUGAUGACAGAUGGAGUCGGUCCAGAAGUAUCCUGGAAACCUGGGGUAUAGUCCUAAAGAGAUGUCUGUUCUUUCAUUGGUUUCCUUCCACUUCUCCCUCAUCUACCCCAGCACCAUUUUAAGGACACCUCGUUUAUUUGGCACAUGGAUCAGUCUUAAGUUCCCACACAUCUCAGUUUUUAUCAGAUAUGUAUUCCUGUCCUAGAGGAGGAGAGGUGCCAGUCCCCACCAGGAGCUCUGCAUUUCUGGGGCCUUAUUUCUACCCUGGCUCAGGUCACUGGUUCAUCCCCUUCUGCUCUGCAUCUCCCCUUGCAUGUCCUUUGUAUCUACAGCAGCACUUACGCCAGCAUAGCAGGGCCGUGUCCAGCACCAAGCGCAAGCUUUUGAGCAAGACCACCUAUGAAGUGAAAUAAUGAAUCUGCCACGUAGUUUAGUGAUCUUCGGCAGGGGACUUGGCCUUUCUCUCUCUUUUUUUUUUUUGAAGUAACAUCAGGCUGAUAUAAUUUUUACCUAAUAAGAGGAUGAUAAGAAUUACCCUAGAGAAAAAAAGCAGACACUGUUAGUUUUCUUUCCCUCUUCCCCUCCCAGCCAAGUGGGUGAAAUGUCAGUGAGUUGUGCCCUGUAGGAAGGGAAGCCUUUGAGUCACUGUGUCCAAGCCAAACAGAACUGCUCUUCCUGCUUUUGUGUUUCUGCCUUCAUGAUGUGCCAGCUCCUGGAUGACUUAUUGUCUUUAAUCUAUUAAAUAUAAAUACAAAGGAUGGGAGGGGAAGAGACAAGAAUGUUUACUUCAGUUAACAAGCACAUCUAGUUCUGAGAAAGAUAAGUCUCAAACACUUUUCAGCCUUUUUUCAUUGUUAUUUUGGGUUGCGUUGGGUCUCUGUUGCUGCACGGUCUUUCUCUGGUUGCGGUGCGCAGGUUUCUCAUUGCCAUGGCUUCUCCUGUUGUAGAGAAACUCUAGUGCACACGGGCUCAGUAGUUGUGGCACAAAGGCUUAAGUUGUCCCGAGGUGUGUGGAACCUUCCCAGACCAGGGAUCCCUGAAUUGGCAAGCGGACUCUUAACCACUGGAUGACCAGGGAAGUCUGCCUUCUUUCUUUCUUGCCCACAACAAAACUCCAUGGUUUGCUGCUGUCAGAACACCUGUCUCCUCAGGACCUCAUCUUGGGUCCUAGUUAGGGUAGCCAGUCAUCACAGUUCACCCAGAAUUGUCUCAUUCAGCACUGAAUGUCCCCAGGACCCAGGCAACAUCAGGAUGCUGGCCAUCCUCACUGGUUAUGAGCCUCUCACUACUUGAUGUGUUUGUAGCAGUAUGUUUUCUCCGUCCUAUGCUCUUGGCUUCAUUCCUCCUUUACACCCUGGUCUCAGCCUAUUACCGUUUCCCUUCAGCAUGAAGAACCUCCUUCAGAAUUUCAUACAGUGCAGACCUAUGGGGAACUGAUGCUGUCAACUUCAGUUGGCUGAAGAUAUAUUUUACCUUCAUUUUACAAACUUAUUUUUUCCCACCGGAUAUAGAAUUCAAACUUGAAUUGUGUUUGUUUUAGCAUUUUACUUAUUUAUUUUUGGCCACUCGAAGGAUCUUGGUUCCCUGACUAGAGAUUGAACCCAGGCCCUCAGCAAUGAAAGCUCUGCAUCCUAACCAUGGGACCACCAAGCAAUUCCAUUUAGAACUGUCCCUCCACAUUCUACUGACUUCCAUUGUUUCUGAUGAGAAACAACUGUAAUUCUCAUUGCUGUUGCCUCAAAUGUUAUAUGACCUUUAUUCUUUGGCUGCUUUUAAUAUUUGUGUGUCUGGUUUUUAACAGUUUGACAACCGUACAUAGUUGUAGAGGUAGGGGAUUGGAUGAGGAAGAAGAGCACGUAGUCUAUUCAAUAAUAUUGAUGAUGCUUUAGUUCUUAGGUUGGAUUGUGGAUUUAUAGAUGUUCAUUUUUAUUAUGCUUCAUAAUUUACAUAUAUUACAUAUUCUCUGGUAUGUUACACAGUGAAGCACAAAAUCAUAUGUAAUUUAAAUUUUAAGAAUGAUUGAAUGGUGACAAAAUAGAGACACCAGCUUCUUCCAUAGAUUUGGCUAGGAAUAUGGAUCGGAAGUAUAGAGUAGUGGGUGGAGUAGCAGCUGAGAUGGGAAGUUUGUUUUUUGUUUUUAUGAGAAAGGCUACAGUUUUUUCUGAGUGCCAAGUACAGUGACCAGUAGAGAAAGAGAGAAGAGGAAGAUGCUAGAGCGGGAAAGAGA